CGCGGAGCCGGCGGGUUGGGUAGUUGUCGGCCGGGAAAUGGCGGCCGCGGGCUUGGUCGCUGUGUCCACAGCUGCAGAACAUUCUGGCCCCGUAGCGUCGGGAGGCAACCUCUCUGGUGUUAACUGCGGCCCAAGCGCCGGGACAGGUCCCGGUCCUGGCCCGGGCUCGUGGAGCCGUUCCCUCGAUCGAGCGCUGGAGGAGGCGGCGAUAACCGGGGUGCUGAUCCUGAGCGGCCGGAAACUGAGGGAGUUUCCCCGGGGAGCGGCCAACCACGACNAACUUGAUUUUUUUCUUUCAGAUCUGUCACGAAAUCGCCUCUCAGAAAUUCCCAUAGAAACAUGUCAUUUUGUUUCUCUUGAGAAUCUCAACUUAUACCAAAAUUGUAUUCGGUAUAUACCAGAGGCAAUUCUAAAUCUACAAGCUCUAACAUUCUUAAAUAUUAGUCGGAACCAACUGUCAACCCUGCCAGUACAUUUGUGUAAUUUACCAUUGAAAGUCUUAAUUGCUAGUAAUAACAAAUUGGUCUCACUUCCAGAAGAAAUUGGACAUCUCAGACAUUUAACAGAACUUGACGUGAGCUGCAAUGAAAUUCAAACAAUGCCUUCUCAAAUUGGUAAUUUGGAGGCCUUGAGAGACCUCAACCUCAGAAGAAAUCACUUGGUGCGUUUGCCAGAAGAGCUGGCAGAGUUGCCUUUGAUACGGUUAGACUUCUCCUGCAAUAAAAUUACAACAAUCCCUGUUUGUUAUCGGAACCUCAAGCACCUACAGAUGAUUGCCCUAGAUAACAAUCCAUUACAGUCUCCUCCCGCACAGAUAUGCAUAAAAGGCAAAAUUCACAUAUUUAAGUACCUGAACAUACAAGCUUGUAAGAUUGCUCCAGAUCUGCCAGAUUAUGAUAGGAGACCCUUGGGUUUUGGCUCCUGCCACGAAGAACUAUAUUCAGGUCGCCCUUAUGGAGCUCUUGAUUCAGGUUUCAAUAGUGUUGACAGUGGUGAUAAGAGAUGGUCGGGGAAUGAACCUACAGAUGAAUUUUCAGAUCUGCCUCUUCGAGUAGCAGAAAUUACUAAAGAACAAAGACUACGAAGAGAAAACCAGUACCAAGAGAAUCGCAGCAGUGUAGUAGUAGCAAAUGGAGUGGAACACGAUUUGGAUCAAAUUGACUACAUUGACAGCUGUACUGCAGAGGAAGAAGAGGAUGAGGCGAGGCAACCUAAGGGCCUGGACUCAGACAGCCUCAGUUCACAGUUUAUGGCAUAUAUUGAACAACGGCGAAUCUCUCAUGAGAGUUCACCAAUAAAACCAGUACCCACGAGGGAGUUUCAAAAAACAGAAGACAUAAAAAGAUAUUCACAUCAAAACAGGGUUCCAGUUGGGCCAUCUUCUUCACUGUCACCAAGUCACAAUCAGCUAUCACAUACAGACUUAGAACUUCCUCAGAGAAGAGAACAGUUAGUAGAGCGCACUAGGAGAGAGGCACAGCUUGCUGCCCUACAGUAUGAGGAGGAGAAAAUAAGGACCAAGCAGAUUCAGAGAGAUGCUGUCCUGGACUUUGUCAAACAGAAAACAUCACACAGUCCACAAAAACAGCAACACCCCUUAGAUGGUGAGUGUCCCUUCCCAUCCAGAAGGUCUCAACAUACUGAUGAUAGUGCCUUGUUAGUGUUGCUGUCAGGUUUGAAGCAAGUGGGCUGUGCUGGUACCCUGCCUCACUCUUCUGCCUUCACACCUCUUAAGAAUGAUGACAGACCUAAUGCUGUAUCAGGUUCACCUACAACAGAAACAGUUCAUCAUUCUCCUGCAUAUUCUUUUCCUGCUGCUACCCAGAGAAACCAGCCCCAGCGCCCUGAAAGCUUCCUUUUCCGAGCAGGUGUCAGGGCAGAAACAAAUAAAGGUCAUGGUUCAACCCUUCUUUCAUCUUCUGAACCUACCACUGAUUCUACAGAUCCCAUAACAAGACAGAAUACAAGGCAGAGAGAAGAAGAAUUGGAAUCAAUAGAUCAGCUACGGAAACAUAUUGAGUACCGUUUGAAAGUAUCUCUGCCUUGUGAUCUUGGAGCAGCUCUAACCGAUGGUGUUGUUCUUUGCCAUUUGGCCAAUCAUGUGUGGCCUCGAUCUGUCCCAAGUAUUCACGUUCCCUCACCAGCUGUACCUAAAUUGUCAAUAGCAAAAUGCAGGCGAAAUGUGGAGAAUUUCCUAGAAGCUUGCAGAAAAAUUGGUGUGCCUCAGGACAAUCUUUGUUCCCCCUCUGACAUCCUUCAGCUAAACCUCAGCGUUAAAAGAACGGAGCAAUUAUGUUUGCCUCUCCACAUUUUAGAAGAGAAAGGUUUGAGCCAGGUGGCAGUGACGGUCCAGGCUCUCCUGGCACUGGCCCCACCCAAGCAGCCGCAGCACCAGCUAUCUGCUGUUUAAGGACUCCCAGCACUCCGGGUAUUGCCUGGCCAAAACGGAACAGGACAACACCAUCACGCUGCCAGCCGUCUGCUUAAAUAGAGCUCUAACAUGUUCUUAAAAGGGACUGUUUCCAUGAUUCCUGACAGGAAUGUUUUGCUUCAUUUCUCCAUUUUAGGGGAGGUUAUGUCCAUUUCCAUUGAAUUGUUUUGAAGCCCCGGUUGGUUUUCACAAAUGAAACGUGAUCCUGUCAUUGCCGAGAACCAACCCUGACGCCUAACGUGGCUGUGCUUUCCCGGAGGGAAGGGUCCCCGCAGAGCUUCUCAGAGGAUAGUUCGCUCUGAAGGCACAGGCAGGCUGUUACCUUACCUGUUCCCAGGACGUCUAGCGCACUGGUCUCUAAACUUGGUUGUUCAGUAGAGUCUCCUGGAGCAUUUGUUAACAUACAGCUCCUAUUCA